AUGUUGAGAGAAGAGCUCGUCAAGUCUAUCACUAAACAGAAACUAACCAAUUUUCAACUGCUUUCGAUAUGUCGAAACUGUGGAUUGCCAAUUGGAGCAUCUAAUAAAGCACAGUUAAUCGAGGAUAUCAGCCUCUGCCUUGCAAGAGAGUCUUUGUUUACCGAAAACAAGAAAUACUCCAUAGUUUCCAUUGAUGUUGGAGUUAAGAACUUUGCCUUUACAAGGUUGCAAUUGGAGGGUGGAAAUGUUUUCAAAUCAAGAUCCUCACUACCAUCCAUAUUAGAGUGGUUUAAGCUGGACUUGGAACAAUUUGAAGGAAUGAAAACUUUCUCCCCUUUAGCAUACUCAAGAAUGGCAUACUAUUUGGUGGAAAAGCUGAUUUGCAAAUCAUCAGAUACAGGACUGCUCACCCCUUCAGUACUGCUCAUAGAACGUCAACGAUUUCGAAGUAAUGGAGGGUCUUCAGUAUUGGAAUCUGUUAUCAAGUCCAAUAUUAUCGAAAAUAUGAUAAUCUCCAACGUUUACGCAAUGGGUCAAAUGAACAACGACUACAAAACAAAUAUAAUCUCGUCUUCUCCAGCAAGUAUGGUGAACUUUUGGACAAACUACAAAAUGAGUGACGGAUCCACAUAUCUUUCUAUGAACUCUAAAAACUCCAAGAAUAGCAGAAUGGUACUUGUGGAUAGAUGGUUUGAUGCACUUUUGAAAGGAACACCAGCAAGUUUUUUGCUGGGUGACCAACUUUCAAAUAGAAUCAAGAGCAAGGAGUUGGCUAUACUUGCGAGAUGUAGCAACCCCUCAAGACGUAUCUAUCUACUCAUGGAAAUGUUGAACAAACCUUCAAUCGGAUCAAGUGUUGUUAAAGGGGAUGACCUUGCUGAUAGCCUGUUGCAUGGUCUCAGCUUAUUGAGAUUUGAGCAGAAUAAAAUGAAGCUAAGGGAAAAUUUAGAGGAUUUGCAUGCCACGAUUAAUCAAAUUGAACAAAGUCACGUACAGGAGAUAUCAAUCAUCAAUCAAUAG